CAGCAGGUUGAAGUCCGACAGGUGACACGAGCAGCAGAGAUCAACGGUGCAGCAGGUACAGUAAACUCAACGCGUCCAAAACUCGGCGUUCAGCUCGACUUGACGCUGAAGCUCCGCUAAUCACGGUCGGACAGUUCGUGGACGAGUUCUGUCAUCAACGCGGUGCAGGUUAGCUACUGGUUAGCUACUAGCCUGGUUGGAAUCACCUGCACAAACAGCAACAAACAAUUGACAACGUUGACCCGAUCCUGCUCUCAAGCUGAUGCUGCAGUAACUGCUUUGACAUGUCUGAAUUGAGUGACGAGCUGCCUGCAGACCCCAUCUCUGCAGUUGGAGUAGUCACUUCACACAACAAAGCCCCCAGCGACUAUCUUGUUGUUGCACAAACAACAGAUGGCUCCGACGCCGACCUGUGGAAGGACGGCUUAUUCAAAUCCAAGGUCACUCGCUACCUCUGUUUCACCAGAAAAGCUGGUCCCUACGUUGUUGCGGACGUGAAGCUGAUUGACAUUAAGGACGCUUUGCCACAGGGCUUCACACCUGUGCUAGAAACAAUGGACACAAAGGAAACUGCCACAAGGAAGAAGAGGCUCUGUGUGAAAGUCAGCCCUCGUGUGGCUGCGGAGGUGGCGAUAUAUGACAUCCGGAUCGCUGCGAAGUCCAAGUACCAACUUGUUAACUACACCUGUGCGGGAGAGAUAAACGGUAUGGCACUCUGGUAUCGAUUAGGGGAUUUUCCUCAGCAUCAGCCAUCUCCAGCAACUUGCAGCACAGCUAUCACUGACGCUCCAACCACCCCGAGCAGGAAAACCAUUCCGAACUAUGAGCACCAAGGCAGUGGGAGCUACACCAUGACAGUCACUGUAGGUGUUGCUGGCUCUGCCCACUUUCUGGAAGACUGAUGGACUAGCGCCCGACGGGCUCCUGGCCCCAUACCCACAACCAGAUUUCAAGGACUGCUUGUCACAGAUGGAAAAUAAGUGGGUCAUCCUGCAUAAACUGGGUAUUUCACAUCCCUUGGGCAACAAAAAAUAUAAUAAAGAUUUUGUUUAGUGAAUUUGUAAAUUUAUAUUGUUUGUUAAAUUGAAUUGUUUUACCACUAAUAAAUAGUAGCAUUGAUCUUACUUGAUAUUUUUUGUUAUAUUGGGUCUUCCCUUUUUGUUUUUGACACUGUUCUUACAAAACAAUUCACAGUAAAAUAAAACAAACAUUUCAAUAGAAUCAAAUUGGUAGAAAAAUAAUAUUAUAUUCAAGCAUAAAUUAACAGAACAGCUGAACUGCAACAGAAACCUGCAUUCACAGCAUUGGAGACUGGAAAAAUACAGACACUCGGAUAAAACAAGAAAAACAUUUACAGAUGCCUCAACAUCUUUUUUUUUCCUUGACUAUGUACUUUGAAAAAUUUUAAUUGCUCCUCAGUAAACGUUUAAAUAUUUCAAAAGUCACACUUUCAUUUUGGCAAGUGAGAUUUUUAAUGUAUCGAUUUUUUUUACAUGUCUGUCUGGAGGGUUUGAAAAAGUGGGAAAUAGAUACAAGAGAAAGAAUGGGAUUCAUAGAGCCAUAGUCAUUAAAAGAAUCUGAAAAUAGCAACUCGCUAUCAUCUGUUCUCAUCGCACGGGUCAGGAGCUCUGACACCUCCAAAAUUCCUCCUGUCAGGGUAGGGGGCCAUUUGUAUUCUCUCUCAUUAGGCAAUUUGACUAAUGACCUGCCGCGGCUGCAGAGCUAUUGAGGGACCCAGAGCCUUGCGCCCUCUCUUGCAGCAGCAGCCUGAGCGCACACCCUCUAUUGGAAUGGCACAGAUGGCGUGCCCGGGCGACAAAAUAAACUACAAUAUGUCUCCGAGAUGCUGUCAGGCCUGGGCACUAUUCCUCAUGUCAGAGCGGGGCUAAGGGCUGUGAGUGGGCAUACGGGGUCCUCCUCCAGCUCUCUGUUCAUCUACUCACCAUUAUCUGCAGAGGUGACAGAGAGUGGGGUCUGCAACUAGAAUAGCAUUUCCAUGGUCCGCAUAAAGAAUCCAGCUCAAAUUGAGAGUCACAUAGACAGGAGAGGUAUUGCAAUGUCUAGUCUGGCUACACAUAGAGAAAAGUAACAUUCAGUUGUUUGGAAUGUGAAAUGUAGCAGGUUCCAGGGAAGCCUCCAGCCCGUUUUUUAAGCAGCCUCACUUGGCAUUUUAUUAUUAUUUCAUUGUACCGCACAAUAGAAAUCAGCUCAGUCCUGAGCAAGAACGUGUAAUAGAUUCUCAUUCGCACCUUCCGAUUAUCACCCUGGCUGUGACUUUCUCACUUAAUUCAGGUGAGAGACAGAUGCACCCAAGUAAUCAUACUAGACAGAGAUCAAUGCAAUUCUGUUGAAUUAGUGAAGUGUAAAAUAAAAGUUCAUCAACAUUCCUAAAGUGUUACUCUUGAGUUGUGGUUCAGGUAAUACGGGGUAUGCUUGAUCGCCUGCGCAUAUUUUUCCAUCAGUCAUUGUCAGAGCAGGUGUGUGUGUGUGUGUGUGUGUGUGUGUGUGUGUGUGUGUGUGUGUGUGUGUGUGUGUGUGUGUGUGUGUGUGUGUGUGUGUGUGUGUGUGUGUGUGUGUGUGUGUGUGUGUGUGUGUGUGUGUGUGUGUUUAUGCACGUAUGGAUGGCCGUGUGCAUGGCCGUGCCUGUUAGAGCUCUGAGGACGCAAUGUAUAGCGCCGUUGAAAUCCUGGGUGACAGUGCAUCCAACAAUGGAAGAGUGAGGGAUUAGUGCUCAGCCCAGCGUACGAGGGAGCCCUUCCCGCCCUGAAACAGCCAUUCAUCUGUGCCCAGGGGCUGGAGAUGACAAUGCAGCCAUUGCUCAUUGCACCUGACGGAGCCAUUAAUAAGGCAAUGAUCCACACGGGGCCUGUGCUGACUCCGUUCUUUACACUACAAUCGCUCAAGCCACGGGGUCCUCCUUACUUAAGCCACCUCGGCGCUCACCACCGCUAUCAUCAUCAUCAUCAUCAUCAUUACGAUCAUCGUUAUUGUCGUAAGAAAACUCCUGCCAGAUGUUUUCAUAUUGACUGCACUUGCGUGCGCCAAUUGCCGAACAACUGCCCGCUUCCCCACACUGCGACACACUCACAGGUUAAUGGACUGUAGCUUGGCCAUUUGAGCACCUGGGACAUGCUUGGGAGUGGGAUUCCAGGUCAGAAGAUUGGAUUUACAUUAUUUUUGCCCUUUGCACCUUCGAGUGCCGGCGCCACGCGGCAUCCAUUCCUUACCACCAAGUCAUCUCCUGCGCCCCUCCAUUUGUCUGGGUGUGAGAUAGCUUCUCUGCUAUAGAUGGUGAAGGAAUACAAAGUGAGAUCUGGUUUUAAAUGUAAUCCAUGUGCAAUGAAAUCAAAAAAAAGAGGUCUGGCCUUUAGCUCUGUGCAUUCAUCUGUCCCUGCCACGCAGAUCCAUCAACGGCUACAAUCUCAUCUUCCAAUUGCUGACGGUUGAUUCAAAUGUAUUCUCCCUGCCACCUCUGUCUGCUGCUGGUGCUCCCAGCGAUACAGUAUUGCAUGUUUAUUCGCUUGUUUUCAUGAGCUUUAGGAAGACCUCAUGCCAAGCCAGUCGUCAGAUCGCAGGAAUUCUGGAGCUGCUACUGUACAGCGUGGUGGGGUGAAAGACUGGGGCAUGAUCGAUAGUCAAGGAACUAGAAGCCUUCCUGUAUUCAUGGGAGUCACGCUUUGAUUACAAAGAUCCCAUUGUGCUCCGCUGGUGUGGAAAGUGCCAAACCGUGGGUCUUUGCGUCAACGUACAAGACGAAAGCAAGCGGUAGAAGUGUCUCAGUGAGGGAUACUUUGGAAUGUCAUACUUUUAAUUAUUGCCCUGAACAGGAAAGACCGAGAGCAGCGUGAGCUCCAAAACGUUGACUCAUGCACAGCUUCAGCUUAUAUUUAUGAGUUCCUUUUCCUGUGCCAGUGGCCUGAUGGACUGUGGGUAAAAGUACACCAGUUGGAAGCUGGGCCCCUUGAUAUUUGGAGCUCCCGUCAAAGGCGGCGGCGGCGGCAGAAGUUUUGUUCUUCCAGAUUUGGGAGUUUUAUAAUGAAGCAGAGCAGCUGCAGUUUUCUCUUCAGCCUGGAAACGAGAGGCUUUGUGUCCCCUGUCACCCUCUGUUAAUUUGGGCCCUAAUGUAUUUUAUAAACAAAGGGCUGCUCUCUAGCCUGACAGUCGUGACACCUUGAUUCCAGUGCAGGAUGCAUGCAGUACGGGGUUAGACCAUUAAUAAUCAACUGGCAGCCAUCACACCAUUUUAACCACGAUCAUUAUGAUAAAGGGCAUACACUUAAUUACAGGCCUGCUUAAUUAUAGCUCUGUUGAAGCUCGUUUGUUUGGUCAAAUGCUAAUUAUACCACCACGCUCUUGGCAAGUCCUCAUUUCAAUCCACUUUUUGCCGGCUGAACAGUGUGCCUUAUUUUCAUGCAAAUUUGAUAUCUGGUGAAUGUUUUGUCUCUCUUCUUUCCGCUUUUCUGUGCCUAGUGUGAGUGUGUCUUUGUUUCAGAGGUGAACAUCCCUCAGACAAGACGGAAUCAGGAAUAAUCAAGGGUAAUUAAACUGGAAGAGGGUUGGGAAAGGGCUGGGUUGAGGGAGACAGUGGCGGCGCCCGAAUACGGCGGAGAAUAAAAAAGCCUUUCAUCUUCUCUCCAUAGACCGGAGGAGGGGAGGUGUCGAGGUGGUUAGUGAUGUUGAUAGCGUUGCCGUUUUAUAAUCCCACGUUUAGUCCCGUGAAUGUAGCCGAGAACAGGCAGCAGCGCCGUUGAAAAAGAGUCAACUCUAAAACUCUUUGUGUUUUUUUUUUUGUUGUUUUUUUUUUUUUUUU